AUGUAUCCUGAUUUUGUUGAUACAAUAAAUGGGAUGAAGCCAGUGCUAACAUGGGAAGAUUUCAAGAAGACUACCAUAGCUGGGGUAUCAACUGAUAAGAGAGUAUUGGAAGAGUUCUGGUGGCGUUUCAAGUGUCUUCCAGAAGAUAGAGCUGAGGCAGAUGCUGUCUUGGAGUUAAAAUUUAAAAACAUGGUGCCUAAGAUGUUGAGAGAACAGAAGCGGGCUAUCACAAAGAAACUAUACAAGGAUGGUUGGGCUUUGCUAUGUGAGCACUGGAGUACAUCAAAAUUUAGAAAGUCAUCCUUAAAGGCAAAGCAAAAUUGCCUAGCUGGUGAUAAUAACGUAUACCAUCGCAGUGGCUCAAGAAGCUUACUAGCAGCACGCCAAUGGCUGGCACUAAAAACUGGCGUUGACCCUAGAAUUGGUGGUGCUUGGCUGCAUAAUCGUGAAUUGAAUCCAGGGACAAAUGAUGGCAGGUUGUGCAACCAGAAUGCUGCUGAUAAAUGGGCACAAUAUGAGGAAGGAAUGGAAAAAAAGUAUGGCACGAAUUGGAAAAUUGAGCAUCCUGAAUUGAAUGCAAGUGUCAUUUAUGAGUGUGCAGGUAGAAUGGAAGCAAUCAAGACAAGGAAAAGAACUGCACAACCAUAUGUUUCUGCUAAAGAGAAGCGACUUGAAAGGGAAAAUCUGCUGUUGCGAAAAGAAUAUAGCAACCUUGAACAUGUUGUGCGGCCUACUUCUGAAUCUGAGGUUGCAUUCGCUAGAGAGCAUGAGAAAAUUGUUCCUAAUGCAUUUGAUCAUGAUAACAUUGGUGGAGCAGACUAUAGUGGUGAGGAAAAUAUUGGUGAAGCACACUAUAGUGGUCAGGAAAAUGAAGAUGACAUCUAUGAUUAUGAUGAUGAAGGAUACCAUUCCCAAGAUCAUGGCCAAAAUUACGAGAACAAUGGUGAAGACUUUUUCGAUGAUGAUGCUUCCUGGUGA